AUGAAUAUUAUGCUAGUCAAUUGGUUAAAAACUUUGGGUAAUUAUUUAAAUUUUGUUGAAUAUUUAUUUUUAGAUUUUCAUAUCGAUCUAUUAUCUUUUGAAUAUUUUACGAAAAAUUGUAGAGCAAAUUUGAAAAAGUGGAUUAUUUAUAUUGAGGGGGAAGAAGAUUUAAGGAAAGAUUAUUUAAAAUAUGUAAAUAAUUAUCAAAAAGUUCAUAAUUCUUUAAAGAUAUUGGGAAUUAAUAAAGGUUAUAUGUGUGAAUUUAAUUGGACGAAUGAUGAAUUAGAAAUUAUUAAUUCAUUAAAGGAUCAAAGUAUUAACAUUUUCCCAUCUGAUGAACUGGAUAAAUGUUGA